AGAGCAUAUAAAAGAACAGACAACUUUCCUCACCAACGUUAAGAAGACGAUGCGACAGGCUUAAAUGGAUGUAAGAAUGCACGAAAAUCCAUUCAAUCAAUCUGAGCAAUAAAGCAUUUUUCUAGCUUGCGGCCAUUAAAUAAAGCGUAAAUAGUAAGCAAACAAGAACAUAAGAAAAUCAGUAGCAGAUUGACAUUGUUUGUUUUAUAAAAUAUGAGGCCUUUCUUGGUGUUUCUUUUCAUCUUGUUAUUGCUUGCCUUCGAAGGAAAUUGUUGGCGGCGACGUAGACGUAGACGUUGGUGGCGACGGAGAAGACGUUGUCCUGCAUCAAAUUGUGGUGUUAGUCAUUGGUCCAGCUGGAGUUCUUGUAGUCAUCAAUGUGGUCUUUCAGGUGUACAGACACGAACAAGAAAAAAGACUAGGACAGAAAGUUGUGGCGGAAGUUGUCCGUAUAGUUUUACGCAAACAAGAGCGUGCAACAGAAAUAAUUGUGGCAAUAGAGGAUGGUCAUGGUAUGGUAGAUGUAUCUGCAAUAGUUGUUGGACAGGAACAUGUUGCCACAUAGCACGUCGAAGAAAUUGUCUCGUCAGCAGUUGGACCAGUUGGAGCUCAUGUAAUCAUCAAUGUGGAAGUGCAGGUGUACAGACACGAACAAGAUACAAGACUAGAAAAGAAAGCUGUGGCGGAAGAUGUCCAUACAGUUUACGCAGAACAAGAGCAUGCAAUAGAAAUAAAUGUCGUAAUGGAGGAAGACCAACCUAUGGUAGAUGUAUCUGUAGAAGUGGUUGGAAAGGAAAAUGUUGUAACAUCAGAAUCGUUCUCUUUGCAAAAAUGGUGGCUCAUGUCUUGUUGAUGGCAGAUCAUACAAAUGCAUUUGUCUUCCAGAUUUCAUUGGUGUUCACUGUGAAAAGGAGGUUGCAAAUCCCUGCAAGCCAAAUCCAUGCAAAAACGGUGGACAAUGCAACGUAUUGGGCAACAUUUACACCUGUAAAUGCAAGCCUAAGUUUGGUGGUUACAACUGUGAACAUUCUCAAACCACAUGUUAUGCAUCUGGUGAUCCUCAUUACACCUCAUUCGAUGGCAAAAGAUUUGAUUUUAUGGGAGAUUGCGAAUACGAGUUUGCAAAAGAUUGUGGAAAAAACAAACUUUUUACUGUCCUUACAAAGAAUGAGCGUUGUGGACGGCGUGUGACCUGUACAGCGGCUGUUAAGAUAAUUAUAGCGGGAUACUUCAUUCAGUUGACACGUCAGCGUGGUACAGCGAAUAUAAAUGGAGUUAGGUUGUCAAAAUUCCCAAU